GCUGUAUUAUUUUGGGUUUUUUGGGGGAUUAUCUCUCCUGCAGAUAGGACUGAUGGAUGCAGCUGGAGCUUCUUUUCAAAGUCUUGGUGGUGGGGGACCUUGGUGUUGGGAAAACAUCUAUUAUCAAGCGGUUUGUCCAUCAGGUUUUCUCCCAGCACUACAGAGCGACCAUUGGUGUGGACUUUGCCCUUAAAGUUCUGCACUGGGACAAAGACACUGUGAUCCGGCUUCAACUGUGGGACAUAGCAGGACAGGAGAUGUAUGGGAACAUGACCCGUGUCUACUACAGGGAGGCAGUGGGAGCACUGGUGGUGUUUGAUGUGACAAGGGCCUCCACAUUUGAAGCAGUGUUAAAGUGGAAGGAUGACCUGGACUCUAAGUUGACUUUGAACCAUGGGAGACCAGUUCCUGCAGUACUUCUUGCCAACAAGUCAGACCAAAUAGCGUGCCAGCUGCCCAAACUGGAUUCCUUCGGCAGAGAGAACGGGUUUGUAGGAUGGUUUGAGACUUCUGCAAAGGAAAAUACAAACAUCGAGGAGGCAGUCCGCUGUUUAGUGGAGCAUAUCCUGAACAACGAGGAGUACCUGGUGACAGAGCGAGAACCCAACUCCAUACCUCUUUCUGAAUACGCAAGCAGCACAAGUCGUGAUUUGAACUGUUCUUCAUGUUUAAAAUGACGGCUGCAGAGAGGAAGUACUUUAAAAAAAAAGCCAAGAAGGAGGAACUAAAAAGAAACUCCUUUUUACAGAUUAAGAGUGAAAUUACAUGUUUUUAAAACUAAGCUCACACUGCAUAUCAUUGCAUAGCUUGUAGAAAUUCAGCACCAGCAUUUGGUUUUUAAUG